AUGACAAAUGUAAACUCAAUCAAUGACCAAGUGUUGGUCUUAAAUGGUAACACCCCCGAAGACGUCGCUAAGGCACUAAUAAAAGGCGGUCGUCAAAAGGAACCGUUUUAUAUAUUCGACUUAGACGAAGCUUUCCGCCGCAUCGAGCACUUUCAGAAAAUGAUGCCUAGAGUGCAAAUAUUUUAUGCGAUGAAAUCAAAUGACAGUGACAAGAUGAUAAAACUGGCAGCUGCGUUAGGACUAGGCUUCGACUGCGCCUCUCCGGGGGAAAUUAACAAAAUACUGAAAUUAAAUGUAUCUCCACAGAGCAUCAUAUUUGCCGUACCAACCAAGACUACGGAAUGGAUGACAUAUGCUCGAGAAGUUGGAGUUCGUCAUACAACAUUCGACACUUCAUAUGAAUUGAAGAAAAUUAAACAAUAUUGGCCAAAUGCAAGCUUAUUACUCCGAAUCAAAGUAGAAAGUGAUUGUUUAUAUAAAUUAGGAGAUAAGUUCGGUUGUGAUUUUGAAACGGAGGCCAUUGACCUUCUUGAAGAAGCUGCUGCGCUUCGUUUGAAGGUAGUCGGGGUUGCAUUCCACGUAGGCAGCGCUUGCUCAUCAAUAGACAGCCACGAAAAUGGAAUAAGACAAGCUAGAGCUCUUUUUGAUCAUGAAGCAAAAGCUGGCAGGAAAAUGUUCAUUGUAGACAUAGGAGGAGGGUUUAUGAGUGAUCAUAUUUCUAAAAUUGAUGAGGUUUCCAAAAUAAUAAACCGUGACAAAAAAGGUGAGAUAGUAAAUAUGGUCUACAUUAACGAUGGAAUCUACGGUACCUUGAGAUUCAUUGAGCCGUGGCAUAAAGUGAAAAGAUUUGAGAGGCAAUCAGACGUUAUAACUGAAAAACACGAGAAGACCAUCUUAUGGGGACCGAGUUGCGAUUCAACUGACCAAGUUAUGAAAAAUUUUAAUAUCUUUUUACCUCGUUGUACGCCAUUAGAUUGGCUCGUUUUUACUCUACAAGGGGCGUAUACUUUUGGAUUUAGUAGCCGCUUUUCUUGUUUAAAAAUGCCUCUCAUCCGGUCGGUUGUAUCAGAAAAACUAUGGAAUAAUUUAAAAUCAAACAAAGCAUUUGACCCCGAAGAUUUUGUAACAAAUCAAGAUCUGUCAACUCCACUUCCGUCUACAUUACCACCAUUAAUUAAUAACGAAAAUCCUUUAAAAUUAAAUCACACUUUGAAGUUG